CGACCCCAGCGAGAGGAGCAGUGUGUCUGAUGCACAUUGGGCACAGGCUCUUCCUCCAUUUAUUUUUAUUUUAAAAAAACAAACAAAAAAAAAAACAUUUUGUGCUUACAUUUGUGGGUUUUUUUUGUCGCGUUAGAGGGGAAAAAGACGCACAAUGAUGUCGAUCAACUCAGCCCGUCAGCUCUGCAAAAUGUUUUUCUCUUUGCACGUUAUUUUUGUGAGCGUGGCCAUUGUGGAGAGCAGUGCAUCAAAUGGGGAUCAAACAGACUGCGUGAAAUCCAGCGGUGUGGACUACCGGGGAGAACAACGGAGCUCCUCCUCAGGUCUGACCUGCUUGGACUGGACGAAUACCACUAGAGACUACGAUGUUGACGUCCACCCCGAUUCAAAGACAGGUGUGGGAGAUCACAAUUACUGCCGAAACCCGGACGCCUCCGAGAGGCCUUGGUGCUACAUUGUUGGCCCAGAUGAAACAAUCCAGAGACAAUUCUGCUCUAUCGAGACUUGCAAAGAGCGAGCUUCUGCCGUGCCCGAAGAAGCCGAAUCCCUCAACCCGCCGGGAAGCACUCCCUCCACGGAGAGCUUUCAGACGGCCAAGUCGGGCUCCUCUCAGGGAGAAGUUGCUGCCGUGCAGCCGGUGAUGGGAAUCAGCCAGCGGGUUCGCACGGGACCCAAAAAGAAGAAGGACCUCGGCACUCUUGGCUAUGUCCUCGGCAUCCUCAUGAUGGCCAUUAUAAUCAUGCUCGGAGUAGGCAUCACACUUGGAUACUUCUAUAAGAGGGGUCGGGACUUGAAGAAGCAGCACGAGCAGCGUGUGUACGAGCGCGAGAUGCAGAGGAUCACCCUGCCGCUGUCGGCCUUCUCCAAUCCCACCUGCGAGCUCGUGGACGAGAACACCAUCGAAAUCACCGCGGAGCACGAGACCACCCCCGUCCAGGAGGGCACGGAGGGCGCGGACCCCCUCAUGGGCCAGCAAGCCGGGACCCCCGGAGCAUGAGCUGACGUGUAGUCCCCUGAAACAGGAGGAUUGUGAUGUUCUGUUUUUUUUUUUUUUUUUGUGGACCAAAACACUCCCAUCUUCCCGUCCUCCUUUCCACUUCUUUAAGUAGGCUUGUUUUUUCAAGGAGCAGGGGAGCGGCGGCAUCUCCAAAGACUUGAGCUGAAUGCUGUGCCCAUUGUGUCCCUCCUUUUUUUUUUUUUUUUUUAAGCACGUGAGGCACAAGCAAGAUAAGCUGACACACACACACAAUGAACAACUAGAAACCGUUAAGGUGGAUCCGUUGUUAAUGAAGACGUCCACAUUUGAUACUUUUUUGUAGCAGAGAAAAUAAGACGACAGGCUGUCCCCUCGGAGAAAACAGCACAAAUGUAUCUUUUCAAACGGAUCUUGACUAGUCAGUGUUUAUAUUAGCGUGUCAUGAAACCGAUUCUUUGUGAAGAAAUGGUGUUUGGAAUGGGGGAAAUGUUCAUAACCUUUUGUUUUUCACAGGAGGUGCGGUUAUAUGUUGAAUACGUGGUCAAUUUUGAUGUCGGCCCGCUGGCUGUGCCGAGGGUAAAACACGGACCAGAGGCGUGUAUGUAUAAAGACUGUAUGUAUAAAGUCUCGGAGACACACUGGUGACACAGAUGUGUGUCCUAAAAUAGCCGUCCUCCUCUGAGACAGGAUGAGAGAGCUCAAAAAAGGCCCACGAAAGACGAGGGGAGGCCUCCCGAAUCCGUUACUGCCUUAGCAUGAUACUUCUGAAUGUAUUCGUUUGUCUCUUCGUGGAGGUCACUUCAGUUUUAAAAGUAUUGAAGACAUGAAAGAAGACUUACCCUACUCUUCCACAGGUUAAGGAAUGACAGGAAUAAUGCAGAGAGCUCUCACGAUGCACGAGAGACAGUAGUUAGUCCUCAGGACAUAAUAGCACUGCCACCACACGGAGCAGAUGCGAAAGGCGUGUGUUGAAGAAGUGCUGAAGAAGCCUGGUGCCUAGAUUAGAUUCAGACAUUUGUUACACAUUGGAUGCUUCUCAGUAGAAACCCGAAUGGUGUCGAGUAGAAAACAAAUUUAAUUUGCAUAAAACACAAAAAAAAAAACAUGAAUGCAUGGUUACUUGCUCUAUGUUUGUCAGUCGGGACGGUUUUUCUUGCAUCUUAACAACUAUUCAUUGAAAAAUACUUUUCUUGAAAAGAAAAAAAAAAAAAGCUGCCUGAAAAUAGAAACCAUCGUACCCAGAAGGUUUUAGUUAGCGAUGCACUGUUACUUCUCCUUUUACCGUUACAUCACUCCAGACAAUCUUGUUUUUGUGAUAGAUCCACGUCACUGGUAAUCUUUGAUUGCUGCUUUUAUUAUUUAAAGGUGUCCAUGUGCUGGCUGUAACUAUUUUCAUCAUGAUAGUGUUUAAAAAUACCGUUGUUCUGCUUCUGAAUUUUAGUACUUACUUGUAUUUGUAUGAAUGCAGGUUUUCACUGUUGAGACUGAAAUAAAACUUCAAACACAGACAA